GGAGAGCCGUUUCAGAGGAGCCACGGGAACAUUUUCGCGAGGAAAUCAGCUGUUUGCGGGCUGUAACGGUCGGCGAUUUAUGGCGCGCAAGCAUAAAUCAAGAGAUAAUAAUCGCUUUCUAAUAAAAUAACCUUAGAUUAAUAUCAAACAUUACUAUUUAAAGAUAUCCAAUCGUCAUCAAUCACUAAAAUCAUUUCCACUUCCCUCAAAUCUCAUUUAUAAACAAUUCACAUUUGUAUUACGUGCGCCAAAUAUGUCUACGCAAGAGCCUCCUCCAAAAAACCAACUUCCGUUUUGGAUGAGGGAGGAGGCAAAUAGUGGUGGUGAGAUGUGAAAUCAAGAUGAGCUUGGAGGAGCUUGGAGGAGCGACGGGAACGAUUUUUUGAAAGGACGCGUGUAUAUCACACCACGCCCCCAACCGCCGCCAUGUCUGAGUUCAUCGACUCAGAGGCGUCUGAGAGUGAGGAUGAGGAGGAACUCACCUCCCGCGAGAAAAAGAAACUGAAGAAAAUGAACAAAAACAGACUGCAGGACUCCUCAGAGGAGGAAGAAGAUGACGAGGAGGCGAUGCGCGAGGAGAUGAAGGACCUGAUCGACGACAACCCGAUCGAGGAGGAGGACGGCGACGACAGCAGCAGCUCGGACGGCGACGGCUCGGGCGACGAGCGCGCCGGCGGCGACGGACGCGGCGCCCGCAAACGAUCGCGCGAGGACGACCUCGACGACGGCCUAGAGGACGACGACUACGACCUCAUCGAGGAGAACCUGGGCGUCAAAGUGUCGCGCAAACAACAACUGAAGCGGAUUCGUCGCAUCUCGGACUCUGACUCUGACGAAGGAGGCAAAGAGCGCGACGACUCUGGGGAUGAGGAGCGGCCGUCGUCGGAGGGCCGCGAGCCGGCCGACCACGAGGAGCGCUCGGCCGGCGGCGAGGGCGUCGAGCCCGACGACGAGGAGGUCGAGGACGAGGAGGACGUCGACGACUUCCUGGUCGACGAGGACGGAAAGCCGCUCUCCAAGGGACCCAAGAAGAAAAAACACAUCUUCGCCGACGCGGCCCUGCAGGAGGCGCAGGACAUUUUCGGCGUCGACUUCGACUUUGACGAGUUUGACAAGUACGGCGUGGAGGAGGAGAGCGAUGCCGACGACGAGGGUAUCGAGGAGGACGACCCGGACGCGCCGCGGCGCCGCGCGCGCAAAAAGGCCGCCAAAAAGAAGUCCAUAUACGAGAUCUACGAGCCGAGUGAACUGGAGCGCGGCCACUUCACCGACCUGGACAACACGAUCCGUAAGACGGACGUGCCGGAGCGGAUGCAGCUGCGCGCCGUGCCCGUCACCGCCACCGAGCUUGGCUCCGAGGAUCCCGAGCUGGACCAGGAAGCCGAGUGGAUCUUCAAACACGCCUUCAACGACAAGCCCAUCAGCACCCAGUCGAAGGAUGAGGAGGACGAGUUCCGGGACAAGAUCCGCCAGAGCAGCUCGUCCGUCAGCAAGAUCAGGUCGGCGCUGGACUUUAUGCGCAACAAGCAGCUGGAGGUGCCCUUCAUCGCCUCCUACAAGAAGGAGUACAUCGUGCCAGAGCUCACCUCCAACGCCCUCUGGUGCAUCUACAAAUGGGACGAGAAGUGGUGCCAGCUGCAGAAGCGGAAGCAGAACAUGGUCCGCCUGCUGGAGAAGAUGCAGACCUUCCAGGGCGACAUCGUGAUGAAGGACAUCAACGCGGCGCUGCCGGAGGGCAUGCGCGUCCUCUCCAACGAGGACAUCGACAGGGUGAGGCUGGCCGACUCUCCCGAGGAGCUGCAAGACAUCUACCUGCACUUCCGGCUCUACUAUGGACAGGACGUGGCCGCCAUGCACGAACAGGAAAUCAACAAAAAGAAGGAGGAGAAAAAACUGCAGCCCAAAAAGAAACGGAUCGAGACGCGGACCGAGACCAAUGAGGACGGCGAGGAGGUCGAGGUCGAGGUCGAGGUCACCGACGACGAGGCCGAGCAGAAGGCCGAAGACGAGGACGAGGACCGCGAGUUCAUCAAAUACGCCGUCCGCACCGGCGCCUACGAGCUCUGCAAGCGCAACGGACUCGAGCCGCUGUCGCGCCGGUUCGGCCUCAGCCCGGAGCAGUUUGCCGAGAACCUGCGCGACACGUACCAGCGUCACGAGGUGGAGCAGCUGCCCAGCGACCCGGAGGAGAUGGCGCAGCAGUACAUCACCGGAAACCUGGCCACGCCGCAGGACGUGCUGAAGGCCGCCAAGUUCAUGGUGGCCAGCCAGCUAUCCUGCGAGCCGCUGGUGCGCAAGUGCGCGCGCGAGAUGUUCUACAGCUCGGCGCGCAUCUCCUGCAAGCCCACCAAAAAGGGCAUCAAAGAGAUCGACGAGAGCCACUACGCGUUCACGAUGAAGUACCUCAAAGACAAGCCGGUCAGUUCGCUGCGCGACGAGCAGUUCCUCAAGCUGUACAUGGCCGAGGAGGAGAAGCUGCUGGAGCUCGACAUCGGCUCCAAGAUCACCAACUACUCGGGACAAAACUACGUGGAUGAGGCCAAGGGCCUCUACGCCAGGGACGAGUUCAGCAAGACGGUGCAGAGCUGGAACGAGCUGCGCGGCGAGUGCGUCGAGCUGGCGCUCACUCAGAUGAUCUUUCCGGCGCUGCGCAAGGAGCUGCGCGCCCGGCUGCUGCAGGAGGCGCGCGACUUUGUGCAGCGCAACGUGCGCCGGCGGCUCUUCAACUGGCUGUCGAUCGCGCCCUACUCGGCGCCCUUCCAGCAGGACGACGACGACGAUGACGAGUGGGACAGCUCGGACGGCGUGCGCGUGCUGGCCGUGGCCUACGAGACUGACCCCAACAUGGCCGACUACGCCUGCCUGGUGACCGCCGACGGCGAGGUCAGCGACUACCUCAAGCUGCAGCACCUGCAGAAGAGGAAGGACGCCUGGCGCGAGGCCGACCGGCUGGGCAAACAGCGCGACAUGGAGGCGCUGCGCGAGCUCAUCGAGACCAAGAAGCCGCACGUGAUCGUGAUCGGCGGCGAGUCGCGCGAGGCGAUCCAGAUCUCUGAGGAGCUGCGCGCACUGGUGCAGACGCUGGUGACCGAGAGCCAGUUCCCGGCCAUCCAGGUGGAGAUUCUCGACAACGAGCUGGCCAAGGUGUACGCCAACAGCACCAAGGGCGUCUCCGACUUCCGCGACUACCCGGAGCUGCUGCGCCAGGCCGUGUCGCUGGCGCGCCGCAUGCAGGACCCGCUGCUGGAGUUCGCGCAGCUGUGUAACGCCGAGGAGGAGAUCCUGUGCCUGCGCUACCACCCGCUGCAGGAGCAGCUGCCGCGUGACACCCUGCUCGACACCGUGCAGACCGAGUUCAUCAACCGCACCAACGAGGUGGGCGUGGACGUGAACCGGGCGCUGGCCAGCGCGUACGCCGCGCCGCUCGUCCAGUUCGUAUGCGGACUCGGCGUCAGAAAGGCCACCGCGCUGCUCAAGACGCUGAAGCAGACCAGUCAGCGGCUGGCCAACCGCACCGAGCUGGUCACAGACUGCCACCUGGGGCCGCGCAUCCUCACCAACUGCGCCGGAUUCAUCAAGAUCAACACCAACGCGCUGGGCGACAUCACGGACCGCUACACGGACCUGCUGGACGGCACGCGCAUCCACCUGGAGACGUACGACUGGGCGCGCAAGAUGGCCGUCGACGCGCUCGAGUACGAUGACGUGGACGGCAACCCGGCCGGCGCGCUGGAGGAGAUCAUCGAGAACCCGGCACGGCUGCGCGACCUCGACCUGGACGCCUUCGCCGAGGAGCUAGAGCGACAGGGGCUCGGCAACCGCUCCAUCACGCUCUAUGACAUCCGCGCCGAGCUCAACGACCGCUACAAGGACCUGCGCACGCCGUACGUGUCGCCCGACCCGCUGGAGCUGUUCAACAUGCUGACCAAGGAGACCCCCGACACGCUCUACAAGGGCAAGCUGCUGCUCUGCACCGUCACCGGCUUCACGCGGCGCAAACCGAAACCGGAGCAGAUGAACCAGGACAACCCGGUGCGCGACACGGAGACGGGCCUCUGGCAGUGUCCGUUCUGCCUGAAAAAGGACUUCCCCGAGCUCUCCGAGGUGUGGUCACACUUCGACACCAACGCCUGUCCGGGCAAGGCCAUCGGCGUGCGGAUCCGAAUGGAUAACGGCUGCUCGGGCUUCAUUCAGAUGAAGAACCUCUCGGACAAUCGUGUCACCAACCCGGAGGAGCGCGUCCAGCCGGGCCAGACCAUCUUCUGCCGCGUGGUGAAGAUCGACAUCGAAAAGUUCUGGGUGGAGUGCACCUGCAAGUCGUCCGAUCUGGCCGACAAAAACAAAGAGUGGAGGCCGGCCCGGGACCCGUUCUACGACGCCGACUCCGAGACGGCCGACCGGGACGCCGCCGAGACUGCUCGGAAGCAGAAGGAGGCGCAGACCUACCUGAAGCGCGUCAUCGUGCAUCCGGCCUUUCACAACGUGGACUUCAAGGAGGCGCGCCGGCUGCUGGCCACCAUGGACCAGGGCGAGGCCAUCAUCCGGCCCAGCAGCCAGGGCUCCGACCAGCUGACCGUCUCCUGGAAGGUGGCCGACGACGUGAUACAGCACAUUGCUGUCAAAGAGGUCGGCAAGGAGAACGCCUUCAGCCUCGGCCAGACGCUGCUCAUUGACAAUGAGGAGUUCGAGGACCUGGACGAGAUCCUGGCCCGCCACGUCAGUCCCAUCUCUGCGCACGCGCGCGACCUGCUCAACUACAAGUACUACCGGGACACGGACGGCGGCAAACGGCCGCGCGCCGACGAAAUCCUCCGCGAGGAGAAACGGAAAAACCCGCAGAAAAUACCCUACAUCGUCUCCGUGUCCAAGGAGCACCCGGGCAAGUUCAUGCUGUCGUACCUGCCGCGCACUCGGCCGCGGCACGAGUUCAUCACGCUGACGCCGGAGGGGUUCCGGUUCCGGCAGCAGGUGUUCGAGACGAUCCCGUCGCUGUUCCGGUGGUUCAAGGACCACUUCCGGGACCCGGUGCCGCAGACGCCGCGCGCCGCCGCCGCCCGGACACCGUUCACCCCCGGCGCCGGCUUCAACAUCAACAAUGUGAACCCAGAGGCGGUGGCGCGCGUGGCGCAGAAUCUCUCCGGCAAUGUGCUGCACAACCUGUCGCAGGCGGCCGCGCACCAGACGCCCGGGCACUACCCCAACACGCCCUACACGCCGUCCGGCCAGACCCCGUUCAUGACGCCGUACGCCACCACGCCGCGGUACCAGGGCGGCGGCAGCAGCGGCCACCACGGGCGCACGCCCGGCGGCGGCGGCGGCGGCGGGCCGCACGCGUCGCCGCGCUACCCGCCGGCCGGCCGGCCCACCACCUCCGGCGGGCGUCACUCGCACCCGGCGCCGUCCGUCAGCCACGAGUCGCACGACUGGGCGUCGGCCGCCGAGGCCUGGGCCAAGGCGCGCGGCAACCGCGGCACGCCGCGCGCCGACCCCGGCGGCACGCCCCGCGCCGACCCCGGCCGCAGCACGCCCCGACACGACGGCCGCAGCACGCCCCGACACGACGGGCGCAGCACGCCGCGGACCGACGGGCGGAGCACGCCGCGGAUGGACGGCCGCGGCACCCCGAGGGCCGACGGGCGGAGCACACCGCGCACAGACGGACGCUUCACACCGCGGGGGGACGGCAGCCGCACUCCGCGAGACAAUAUGCCGCCGCCCUUGACACCGUCAUCCCGCGCGAGACGGACGCCGCGGGCCGGCGAGACGCCUCUGUACGACGAGUGAUGGGCCGCCGCGCCGCGGUGGCGGGACUAUUCUGUGAGCGAGCUGGGGUCGCACCGACCCAUUCCUCGGCGCGCGGCCGCCGCGCGCCGGCCCGGCCGACCGGGCGCCGGCGGCCGCCGUCCGGCUGUGUGCGCGCGCCACUGGGGCCGCGCGCGCCCUAUCCUGUACCGCACAGAGCCAAAUACACGGACACGACGCG